CUCCUCCUGUCAAGCAAGGCGUCAAACGUCAAUUUAACCGGUCAUAUUUUUCAUUUUGUGUUUUGGUUAAAAUUUAAUUUAGCUUGCUGUUUAUUCUGAAAACUUAUACUAAUUUGUUUAUAAAUAUCUCUACUUAUAAAAUGGCUCAAGAUGUCAUGAGCAAGUUUUACACUAUUCUCAACUUACCACUUUACGAAAAGUUGAACGAACUCACGAAGUUAAUAGAUUCGAGCCCCAACAAAGAAUUGCAGGCUCUGUUUCCGCAGCUGAUAAGUAAUAUAUUUGGGUCCUCGUGCUACAACAACGGAUGGGGCCUGCGCAGCGUGACGUGCGAGGCGCAGCCGCAGGAGUACGCGCUGCUGCUGGCGUUCCUGGCCCCGGGCGGCGCGCUGCUGCGCCUGGCCGCGCGCCUGCUGCCCGAGCCCGCGCCGCGCUACACGCUGCCGCUGCACGCGCUGCCUCUGGAGAUGCAGACACGGCUGCGGCGCGGCGGCAGCGCGCAGCUCUAUGCGGACAUGCUCACACUGGACACCGCCUCCAGCGUAGUGGCACUCGCGCUCAAUCCCUUUGAUUAUUACAUGUUGAAUUUUGCUUUGCAUUUGCUGAGCGCAGAUCAGAACAAGAGCAGCUGGGAGAGCUGGAACAGCGCGUACCUGGCGCUGGCGUGCGACUACCUGCAGCACUUCCUGCCGGCGGGGGGGGGCGCGCCGCCGCCGCUGCCGCACGGCGCCGGCAAGCCGCGGGCCGCGCCGCUGCAGCCCGCCACCAGACAAUGCUCGCCGUCGCUGCUGCUGCAGCCGGAGCUGGCGGGGCUGCACGCGGCGGGCGGGGGCGCGGAGUGGGGCGGCGCGGGGGGCGCGGAGUGGGGGCGGGGGGGCGCGGGCGAGUGGCGCAGCGAGUCCGUGCUGCAGCUGUUCCUCGACGUGUGGAUGUCGGUCGACGACGCGCCCGGCAACAUGGAGCAGCAGCAGCGCGCGCCGUGCAGCCCCGAGCGCGUGCGCGUGGCGCGCGUGUGCGUGAAGGCGGUGCACGCGUACUGCGCGGGGCCAGGGGCGGGGGGCGCGGGGGGUGCGGGGGGCGCGGCGGGGGCGGGGGCGCUGCGGCAGUACGCGCGGCAGCUGCUGUGGGCGCGCGGCGUGCGGCUGGUGCGCCGGCUGGUGGACUCGUGGCCGCUCGACGCCUCCUUCCGCCUCGUGCUGGAGCUGUGGCUGAGCCUCAUCCAGCCCUGGAGGUACACCGGCGCCGAUGUACUUCACGACAGAGAGGCGGAAGGCGCGGAGACGGCGGCGCGCGGGGCGGGGCACGGGGCGGCGCCGGAGGGGGCGGCGCUGGCGGCGCGCGUGGCGGAGGCGCUGCCCGCGUGGUCGUGCGCGCUGGCCGCCGUGCUGCCGCGCUUCCUGCGCCAGGACCUCGCCAACUACAAGAACGCCGUCAUGCUGUUCCGGAUCGGAAAGGUAUUUUCGCAGCCAAACCUAGUUCCUAUUUUAAGAGAUUUGGAACAAGCUAUAAUGGACAAUGGCGUAGGACUCUACUACCACAAUCCUGAUGAGAGCUGGAAUAAUAACUCCAAUUUUGAAUACAGCGGCGGCCCGGGCGGCGGCGCGGCGGGCGCGGAGGGCGGGGCGGGCUGGGCGGCGCGCUGGGCGGGGCUGGCGCGGCAGGCGCGCGCGGAGCUGUGCCCGGACUGCCGGCACGCGCCGCUGUGGCCCCCCCCCGGCGCUCCCGCCCCCGCCCCGCUCCCCGCCGAGCUGCUGCGCCGCGUGCACGCCGCGCGGGCGCAGGCCGAGCGCGCCGCGCGGGACGACGCCGCACGGGAACAGCAAGACAAAGGCGUGUGGUCGUCCGUGCAGCGCUGGCUGGGGCUGGCGGGGGCGGCGGGGGGCGCGGGGGGCGAGGUGCGCCGCACCCCCGCGCUGCUCGCCGCCGCCGCGCAACAGUUUGAGCAGAUAUUUGGGGUCAGCGAGUGCAACUUGCCGCCGGAGACGCUCCUGGACAGCGGCCUGGACCAGUCCUCGUUCGCUAACUCGACCACUUUCCCCAUGUCUAUCACCAACAAGCUGCGCAGUCCGCCGACGGGCGUGCAGUACGCGGGCGACCCCGACCUGCUGCCCGUCGCCAGCUACGAGAGCACCAUCCUCGUCAGGAUACUCUACCAAAUAUCUACAAGAAUUAAUGAAAUUUACGGGGAGCAGUUGUCUCGCGCGUGGGCCCGCGCGGACCUGGCGGGGUGCGUGGCGCGCGCGGCGCUGGCGGCCCCGGCGGGGGGCGGGCGGGGGGCGCGCGUGUCGCUGCGCGCGCUGGGCUCGCUGCCGGUGCUGGUCCGGCUCGCGCUCGGCUACGCGGCGGCGCGGGCGCUCUCCUACAGCGGGGCCGCGUACGUCGCCUUCCUCCUCGUCGCGUAUGGCCUAUUCGUUUUUGCUAAAGCAAUUGUAAAUUAUGUCAAGCUUGUAAGAUCAUGAUUGUUAUUUUUCAGUAGAUGUAAGUAAUUAUGUGGUUUUUGUAACUAUAAUUUUGAAAUAAACUUGAUUAUUUUGAUUA